AUGAUAUCGGCAACAAUUCGGAGUCGAGUUCCGAAAAUUGUGCACCGAAGGCCUUCACAAUUUCCUGAUGCUGUAGCUCAACUCAUGGAAAACGGCGAUUUACGUAUUAAAUUUUCCAGAUCAUUAAUUAUUCGUAAGGUCGACACUGGCGAGGUUUUCAACUGCAUUGAUGGACUGAUGAGUAAACGAGAAAGUGUCACUGCCGCAACUACCUCAAAAGUGAACGAAGUUUAUUCAUUUCUAGUUCAAUUUGAGAAAUGUUUACUAGGAAUGGGUCCCAAAAUGGCGUAUCCCAUAGUUUUCAGCGUUGGUGCUAAUAUAUUGAAUGGAUGUAAUAACUCGCCAGAUUCUUUAGCACCUUCUACAAAUACUCAGUCACGAUUCGCAUUUAGUAAUAUUUCUAAUUUUCCUUCACAGAUGCCUCGUUCUGCGCCAUGUCUUGUCGGAAGAAACGCAAUGUCUGCAUCAGGUUCUUUGAAAAAAGAAGAUAUUCCACCAGCACCGAAGUUCAAAUUCAAACUGAAUAAAAAUAAUCAAUUUAUCGCAAUUACCGCCGCUGAUGGAAGAUUAUUGAGACAAUCGACUCGAGAUCCGUCGGAGUUUAUCUUCACUGAUCCAGCAAUUCGGUCCGAAGAAAUCAGGGGUUUGAGAGCAGCCGAAAUGGUUAAAAAAUAUGCAGAUCUACCGAUUUGUCACUUUUUCACGGCCAAGACUUGUCAUGCGGAAUUUGAGAGAAUCCUUUCAUCGCCGUGUCCUGGAAUAGAACUUGUCACCAAUGGACAAUACUCUUACAGUCACAAAGUGAUCAUGGAGAAAUGGAUUGCACACUAUAAAAAUGAAAUUGAGGAAGAAUGUGCUAAGAAAACCGAAUUAGCAUUGAUUGAAAUGAGAAGAUAUACCGCACUUCUUGAGAAAGUUCUUAAUAACAAAAUGAGUCUUGAGGAAAUGGAAAAAUUAUUAGAACAACUAAAGGUUGAAGAUCCAAAGCGCGAGGAUAGUAUGCAAUUUAAAAGAGUUGUCAGUACUUAUUCGAAUCGCCUGCUGCACAUUUGGAAAGAAGGGAAAAUUCCGACAAAUAUUACUUGCACACAACUGGCGCCGACAAACCCGCCACCACCUAAUGAGACAAACAAAGGAUUGUUAACACCGCCGCACACCUCAUCAAGUACAUCUACAAUCUCUUCUCCAAUACGCAGUGUUGCCGAUGCUUUGAAAGAUGCUGUUCCGAUUUUUGUCGAGCCAACUCCGCCGGUUAAAAAUGAAAGGAAACCACCGGUUGAACAGGAAAAAAUCGAGAAACCACUAAAACCGGAUGAGACGGAAGUUAAAGAAGAAAUUUCUGAACCGAAAACUCCAGCUGCGGCGGAGACCAAAUUAAGAGGAAGACCACGGUCCGGUAGACAUUUCAAAAAUCCUGAAGAUACAGCAAGAUCCGAAUCUCCUGCAUCUAGCAUCAAAAUGGAAGAGACUGGAAAACGCUCAAGAAGUGGCACGAUUGUGACACCAUCACCAACUCCGCGAUCAAAGAAACGAGAAAGCUCUGAAGACAAACGAUCAAUAAAAUCGGCGGACUCGUUCGAAAUUCCUUCGGCACCACUUACUCCUAUGCCAUCCGAAUGGAAAGAUGUGGAAUGUCAGACUCAUGUUUCGAUUCAACCUCGGCAUCGCUCUUCGACUCCCACAACGGAACGAAGAAAAACGAGCAAUUCUGCUCCAGUCCGUAAGAGUUCACGUAGAUCGGAAGUCAAAACGAGCGUUCCGCCUACUAGCGAAUCGGCGUCUUCUGACCGAUUGUGUAAUAUUGCCUGUCAAACUGGACGCGUUGAAUUCGAAAAAGACGACCUUAUCGUCGUCGAUUAUGAUCCAAAUGUAAAAUAUUUCACAGAAACCGUAAUAAUUGAUAAACGAAAGCGCGAAAAGAAAACGAAUGAGGAAACCAUUUCUGAAAUUAAUAGUGAGAAAACUGAUGAAUUCGAAGAACCGGCGAAGAGAGGGGCAAAAGCUGAUUCAAAGAGAGAAUUGACGUUUGUAGUGAAUACCGACAGCGUCACUGCUCAACGUUUGAUUGACGAAAAAGGAUUUUCGGCAAUUAUUCCAAAUACCGAUCAAAAUUCUUCAAAUAACGAAGUGCCGGCGAAGCGAACCCGAAAAGAUGAAAGAGCGAGAGAAGAAGCAACGAAUCUCAAGUAUCAAUUGAAUAAUAUGUGGCGAGUGUUGUCAGAUCACAAACACUCUGGUAUUUUCUCACAUCCGGUUAAUGAAAAAGAUGCUCCGGGUUACUCUUCUGCGGUUAGACGACGCAUGGAUUUGACAACUUUGAGAAGGGAAGUCGAGUCGGGAAUUGUUACGUCAAAAGUUUCGUUUUUGGCGAGAACGUAUAACAUGUUUGCGAAUGCGGUUAUGUUCAACAGCACUGGACAUGAUGUGAACACAUAUGCGAAAACGAUGGUUAAAGAUGUGAUGAUGGAUAUUUCUUGCGUGAGCAACGAUGAUAGAAAACCAGGAAUAUCUAGAAGAAGUAAAUUUCUUGAUGAAGCCCGAUCAUCGCAAAGAUGCAUGUCGCUUGAGCCAGAACCUCUCCAAUCUCUGGGAACUCCUGGAAAGAUAAGAACUUUAUUCAAGCGUAAAGUUAAUAAUCAAGUGUCGAAAGGAAAAAGAAUAAUGAAUGCUGAUGAUUUUUUCAUUGAAAGAGCGAGAAGUCAGUUGGAGCGAUUAUCUAAACAACUGAAGGAAUUGGAUGAAGAACGAGAAACACUUGAAGAGAAUGAAUAUGCAAAAUUACGGGCUAUGACAAUCGAGCAGUUAGAAAAUUUAAGCAAAACGCUCGAAAAACUAAAGUGUGGUGACAUGACUCUUCACGACGAUGUUACAUUGACUCGAAUGGCGAUUCGUGCGGCCAUCAGCGAAGCGUUUAAAACUCCAGAAGUGAUUGCUUUGUUCGCAAGAAAACAACCAGGAUUGUUACGAGAAAGACUACUGCUGAAUGAUAUUAAUCUUAAAUUGAACAAGUGCACCAAGGCGACCCACAAACAUAUGUCUGUUAAAGCACCAGCUGCUACAUCGACAACGAAUAAAACAAGAUAUAAAUUGGAUGAUGAAGGAGUUUCGUAUCCUUGGAGUGCUUAUUUUUCAGUUCGAAAACAAAGAAAAUAUUAUUAUAACGAUAUUCCUUCGAUUGGCGAUAAAGUUAAACCAAAUGUUGAAUGGUGUGAUUUGGUUCAUGUUCGUACGGUUUUUCCAUACAGGGCAUGCGCUAUUUUGGACACAAAUAUUCUAAUAGAAGACCCAGAUAUCGCUGAGAAAACGGAAGAAAAACAAAUUUUAACAGUAAUCCCGUACAAUGUUGUUCUUGAACUUGACGGAUUAAAGAAAAAUGAGAAUUAUUCGGUGCGGCAGAGUGCUCAACACGCGUGUAGAACAUUGCAAAAGAUGAAAAGUAACAAAUCUCCUUAUCUUGAAUUGGAAACAUCUGUUGAGAAUCGGAUACAAAUUUCCUCUUACGUACCCCACUCGUCGAAAGGUGACGACAUGAUUCUAAAAUGCGCAAUUCGUGUUCAACAAGAAUUGUUGUCUGUGAAAUCAAAAUUGCUACUCACCAAUGAAAGCAUCGUUUUGCUUACAAAUGAUGUAAAUUUGAGAUUGAAAGCUCAAGCGCAUAACCUAUAUUCUAUUAGUUUAGAUGAUUUUCGGCAAAAGAUCACCGAAGAUAAAUCGGAGACUUACAAUCCAUAUGGAAAGUGUUCGAAUGUUCUAAAUGAAUGUGCACUUGUUAGAAAAGAUUCGAAUAAUGUUCCAGAUGAACUUAUGGACUAUUUCAACUCAACAUUCAAUAAUUCUUUGGACAUUCCCAAUGAUGUGGAGAAAACUAGAGAAAAAUAUCAAUCUAACUCGAGAAGAGGAAAAUUUAAAAACAUUCCGGAAUUUCCUGCAAAUCAAAUAAUUAGUCAAAUUGAAACCGAUAAUUAUGAUGAAGCAGAAAAGAUGGAAGUGGAUGAAGUUCCUGUUGUUAAAAUGCCAACCAUUCCGUUAGUAUCAGACUUUGAUCUAGAUGACAUUCCUGCGGUAAUCCCGACACGAUUUCGUAAGAAUGAUCAAAACAAUUAUAACGGAAUCACAAGAAAAUCAAAUUAUGCCUCUUGGAGCGAUAACGAAAAGGCGACCAAAAACUCGUCGGAGAUUAAUCGAUUUCAUUCAAAUAAUUAUGGGUACUCGUUAGCAUCGACGAGUCUUGAAUCAUCGUAUGCCUUGAACUCGUCUUUUGAUUCGUGCCGGGCGGCAUCUCCUUCUACAUCGGCGAACCAAUACAGAAAAACGAAGAAAACGAAUAAAUGUUCGAAAUUAUCAACGCCGCCGCCGGCUGAGAUCGAAUGGAUCAGCCCUGUUACUUCAAGCAAACUGUUCGCUAAGAAAAUGCGGCCACAAAUGCCGUUGUGA